GAAACCACGCUUCUUAUAACUUACUGUACAUUCACACGGGAGUUACUGCAAGCUCAUGUACUGUACUGGCACCCCGUUCUCUGGGUCGCCGCAGUUGUUCCUGGAACCAUUUCCAGGGACCGAGUACAGCACUGUACUCGUAGACUAAGGCGCUAAAUUUUAUCGCUGAUUACCAUUGCAGGUACCCCGAGUUCCAGUAAUGGAUUCGGUUCUGUCUGUGCCCUCCUUGUCCUUGCAGUGCAAAGUCGCCCGACUUCCCCAACUGGGUCAGCAGUCUCGGGCUGCUUCUCGAAUAAUCACCCUCGCGGAGCCUGACCCAAACCUCGGGAUAACCAUGACACAGCAACCGCACGAAGAUCGCCGUGUGGGGUACUAACGGCGAUCAACACGUGCUGUGGAAUUGUCCAUAGAGCCUCAAGGUGCGAGGGUUGGAUUCGCUUUCGGGAUUAUUGUGGGAGGCCUGGACCACUAGUUACUAACUUGACAGAGAGGCAAAGCCGACUGGCCAAUCUCAAUCACCCGCGGUGGAUCAUUCCUCAAGCCCGAACAAUAGUGUUUGCACCGUGAAGCCCCGCCACAUUGACAAACAGCAUAGUCAACAAACCAACAGCGAUAACCCCUUUCGAGGACCCCUUAAUCCCCCCUAACAAGAUACUGGCAAAUACUCUGCAAUUUCACAAUUAACCAAACCAAAGACAGUGCUGAUAGUCUGUGCCGGGGGCGCAUGUCCCCCAGCCACGUUACGGGACCUCUCCCGUGAGCUUGUAGGUGUUAUUCGGCCAGACCAGCUUUGGACGACCGUGUUUUCCAUACGGCUAGCCGGGAAGUAUCGAUCCGAGACCAUGCUGUUCACAAGAGCGCUCAAGUCGGUCCGGUGGGUUGAGACACUCUUUUGUAUUUGUGCCGAUAUGACCGGUGUCGGUAGUCUCUGCUCCCCUCAGUUCACGGGCUCAGCGAUUUCCUCUCCGUGAUUUUCAUUCAUAACGUGGCUCUCUUCUGCCAUAGAUUAAAUCCUUCCCGUCCCAAACCCACCCUAUCUUUGAAUUAUUAUCUGGAAAACCUCGGGGCUGGGUCCGCUGGCGGGGGUUUCGGCAUUCCAGCUGCGUAUCUCUCUCCCUAAGGAGCUCGGCAGGUUCGCCCGCCCUGCGGAUCUGGUUCUCCUUCAGGGGUUAACUAUAUCUCCAAAGCACCCAAGCCCGCAUCGAGAUUCGCUAACAAGGGCUAUAGGGGUUCCGAGGCUAAUGCAAUGGCUCUGUCGACUGGAUAUCCAGAUCCACAUACCCAGGAUAUCAUCGCUCUAGCCAUCCAGCUAGGCCAAUGUCACUUCCCUGGGAUCAACGAGCUUCAAUUUCUUGGGGAAGCCCCUCUUGAACCCAUGGAGUGCCUAUUUGUUUUUAGCAGGGCUCGCGAAAACCCAGAUUACAAGAAUAAACACCAUCCUCCCGAAGUCGCCGCCGGCAAAAUCAUCUAUACUGCUGCCCUUUCCGGAGGUCGUGCCGCGCCCAAGGGGACUAUAGUAUACUGCACCCUAAGAGUUCGAUGUGUCUGAUCCUACCCUCCCAGGCGCAUUCCCUAAAUCAAAAGCAGGCAUACCUGCACUAAGGCUGCCGAAGCAGCCAAUUGUAACAGAUACCGCAACUCUAGACCCUCUAGCACCCCACAAAGAGUACUAGAUUCUUAUUCUAGACUUAGCAACGCGGCUCAGGGGUGUCCCCACGGGGGUUUACGAGCAAUCAGUUGGUGCCAGACCUGCAGAUACGGUUGUGCGCGAACCGGGUCCCAUGUCUGGGCGGAUGGGGCGGUCAAUGAGCAGUUGCCAGGUGUAUUUGUAGGGCGAACCGGCAGACGCGUGUUUGGUUGUCGAAGCAGCGUGAUAUGCCAAAUCUUCCUGUUUUUUUUUGGGGGGGGGGUUUUCUUUCGUGAGGUCAAUUUUCUCGGGGGCGCUGGAGCGUAUGUCGCUAGGUUGCUAACGAGGACUUUCUAGAUGAGCGGUAUAGCUUACGGUCACCCAUUCACCGCAUGCCUCCCCAGUGCGCGGGGGUAUGGAAGACAUUGUGGGCAAUGCGCUAGAUUGCUACUUAAGGGGAAUUCGGGAUGACUACACCCAACGGACUGUUUCUCAUAUCUCUCCUCACGAUUCUUUUGGCACGCGGGUCUUGCGGUAGUUGAUUUGGCUGCUGCGCGCUAGGGAUGUUGGGAAACUAUGCAUUACAGUAUCCGUU